CACACAACAGGAUGUCACUCACAGGCAAUAUGGCUCCUGUCUUUGGAUUGCUCUGGUGCUGAAUCACAGUGUGUGAGCCUGACUGCAUUCAUUGUAGCUCAGCCCUGGCUAUUUGCAAUAGGCGGAUUCAUAAUCCUCCCCUCCCUCCUCCUGGGCAUUCAGCUAAAGCAGCAGCAGCAGCUGGAGCAAGUGACAGACACACAGGCUGAUCCUAGAGUUGCUUGGUAAUCCCUUGUGUAGACAUGGCAGGGAAAGCUCACAGACUGAGUGGAGAGGAACGGGAGCAGCUCCUGCCUAACCUGAGGGCAGUUGGAUGGAGUGAACUGGAUGGCAGAGAUGCUAUUUGCAAAGAAUUCCAUUUCAAGGAUUUUAAUAGGGCCUUUGGGUUUAUGACCAGAGUAGCAUUACAGGCUGAAAAACUGGACCACCACCCGGAAUGGUUUAAUGUCUACAACAAGGUUCAUAUCACUUUGAGCACUCAUGAAUGUGGUGGCCUGUCCGAGAGAGACAUCAACCUGGCAAGCUUUAUUGAACAAGUUGCAGCCACGCUAUCUUAACAACAGGUGGCAGCACUGCCAAUACAAAAUUGUGUCCACAGAAUUCAUAACAUUACUUAUAAGGAUUGUUUUAUUAGUGAUGUGAGUGAUAAUGCCUAUCUAUUUCUGUUGUAAUGUGUAUACAGGCAAACAAAUGAAGACUCUAGCUGUUGUGAUAUUGGUGGUAAUGCGCUUCUAGAGACAAACCUAUAACUACCCUACAGCGAUAAAGCGCACUAGAUGUUUUAUAUGUUCAGUUAGAAUACUGCCCAAGUUUAUUAAGCGUUUGCUUUGAGUUCAGAGUAGAAACAAAGAAUUUAACAACCAAUUGUACAGAUCAAUCUGGUCUAAUCUUGUGUGUUUUGAUGUCUUAACAGGGCAAUUCCUGGUUUAAAAGUGUUUAAGGUACUUACAGUAGCCCAACAGUAUUAUUAUAAUAUUUAUAGGGACUAAAUUAUACAAACUAUCUUUAUCCAAUGCAAUGUGGAAACCAUUUUAUUCCUAAUAAAUGGCUUUUAUAUUUUC